AUGGCAGCUGAAAAGAGUAACUUCUUAGUCGAUUUCCUUAUGGGAGGUGUCUCCGCCGCAAUCUCCAAGACUGCCGCAGCACCAAUUGAGAGAGUCAAGUUGUUGAUUCAGAAUCAAGAUGAGAUGUUGAAGCAAGGUAGAUUGUCCCACCCAUACACUGGUAUCGGGGACUGUUUCAGAAGAACGGCCGCAGAUGAAGGUCUCAUUGCCUUUUGGAGAGGUAACACCGCCAAUGUUAUCAGAUACUUCCCAACACAAGCUUUGAACUUUGCUUUCAAGGACAAGUUCAAGGCCAUGUUUGGUUUCAAGAAAGAUGAGGGUUACUGGACCUGGUUUGCAGGUAACUUGGCCUCUGGUGGUUUGGCCGGUGCCACUUCGUUGGCCUUUGUCUACUCCUUGGACUAUGCCAGAACCAGGUUGGCCAACGACGCCAAGUCUGCUAAAGGCGACGGUAAAGGUAGAGAGUUUAACGGUUUGAUUGAUGUUUACAAGAAGACCUUGGCUUCCGACGGUAUUGCCGGUCUUUACAGAGGUUUCGGUCCUUCCGUUGUUGGUAUCAUUGUCUACAGAGGUCUCUACUUUGGUCUCUACGAUUCGUUGAAACCAGUUGUCUUGGUUGGUCCAUUGCAAGGCUCGUUCUUGGCCUCGUUCCUCUUGGGUUGGGCCGUCACCACCGGUGCCUCUACUGCUUCGUACCCAUUGGAUACCGUUAGAAGACGUAUGAUGAUGACCUCAGGUCAAGCCGUCAAGUACAACGGUGCUCUCGACUGUGCUAGAAAGGUUAUUGCCGCUGAAGGUGUCAAGUCUCUUUUCAAGGGCUGCGGUGCUAACAUCUUGAGAGGUGUUGCCGGUGCCGGUGUCAUUUCCUUGUACGAUCAAUUGCAAGUUAUCAUGUUUGGAAAGAAGUUCAAGUAA